AUGGGAUCGAGGCCGCCCUGUCGCUUUGUCCUUCAGCUCAAUGGGAUCACUAUUCCCAGUUCGCACACUCCAGAGAUGCCGGAGUCAUCUGCUCAGAGGAGAUUUGCGUCCAAUUUCGGUCUAUUACGCAAUUUAAACACAUAUGGGAGCAAUUUGCUUCCUGUGACUCUCCUGUGGACCAAGCAAAUUCGAGAUGAAAUUCUCAGCUGCCGAUUUGCAGCGAAUGUGCAAGAAGGAGAGAGUGGUCAAUGCAGACCUGGGGACAAUACGACUAUUCCAUCAGUGACGGUGAUGCUGAGACUGGUGAAUGGGAACAGUCCAUGCGCUGGAAGAGUGGAGGUUCUCCACAGGGGACAGUGGGGGACUGUGCAGGAUUCCGACUGGGACUUGCUGGAUGCCGCUGUUGUGUGCCGGGAGCUGGAUUGCGGGACCGCGCUCUCUGCAAGCGGCAAGGCUCAGUUUGGGGAAGGAUCCGGACCCCUUGUGACAGGGAGCGUUGAGUGCAAUGGGAUCGAGGCCGCCCUGUCGCUUUGUCCUUCAGCUCAAUGGGAUCACUAUUCCCAGUUCGCACACUCCAGAGAUGCCGGAGUCAUCUGCUCAGGCAGACCUGGGGACAAUACGACUAUUCCAUCAGUGACGGUGAUGCUGAGACUGGUGAAUGGGAACAGUCCAUGCGCUGGAAGAGUGGAGGUUCUCCACAGGGGACAGUGGGGGACUGUGCAGGAUUCCGACUGGGACUUGCUGGAUGCCGCUGUUGUGUGCCGGGAGCUGGAUUGCGGGACCGCGCUCUCUGCAUGGGGCAGGGCCCAAUUUGGGGAAGGACACGGACCCCUUGUGACAGGAAAGGUUCAGUGCACCGGGACCGAGACCGCCCUGUCAUUAUGUCUUUCAGGUGCAUGGGAUCACUAUUCCCAGCUCGCACACUCCCGAGAUGCCGGAGUCAUCUGCUCAGGAAGUGCCAAGCCCAGACUGAUGAAUGGAAGCAGCCCCUGUGCAGGAAGACUGGAGAUUUACUCGAAUGGAACCUGGGGCACAGUUUGCGGUGAUGAGUCCUCCUGGUCGUUACCGAAUGCGGAAGCUGUUUGUGAGGAGCUGGACUGUGGCUCUGCAGUAGCGGCACCGCUUAACUCUCACUUUGGAGAAGGAUCAGGACCUGUUUUCGGACCACCUGAUUGUGGACACCAUCGGGACGUUGGAAUAAUCUGUUCAGCUCACAAAGAUCUCCGACUGGUAUCUGGGGACAACCGAUGCUCCGGUCGGGUGGAAGUACAACACGGAACGCAGUGGGGGACGCUGUGUGAUCUUUACUUUGGUUCGGAAGACGCCAGUGUGGUCUGUGAGCACCUUCACUGUGGGGCAGUAACAGCAAUGCCAACAGGAGCUCACUUUGGAAAAGCAACCAGCCGAGUGUGGACAGAAAACUACAGAUGUCAGGGAAACGAGUCCAGCUUCUGGGAUUGUUCGGUUUCAUCCAGGCACCAGUUUAGCUGUUCAUAUGAAAAUGACGCCAGUGUUAUCUGCUCGGAUGAAAAUUGGUCACUCAGACUGACUGACGGUGGAAGCCGGUGUGAUGGGCAAGUGGAGAUUUACUACAAUGGCAGCUGGGGCAGAGUGCAGGACAACCUCUGGGACCUGAGUGAUGCUAACGUGGUCUGUAGACAGCUGGGCUGCGGCGGCGGGCUAGCCGCUUCCUGCUCCUCAAAGUCCGGAGAGAGUAAAGGAUUUGUGUGGCUGACGGAUAUCCAGUGCAAUGGAAAUGAAUGGCAUCUCCGCAACUGCAGCUCAUUCCUGUUGAAUACGUCUUUCACUGACAGUACCGGCGUAGGUGUUCUGUGCUCAGAACACAUGCAGAUCAGACUGUCAGACGGUGAAAGCCGAUGUGCUGGCCGCGUGGAGAUUUAUUACAAUGGGACCUGGGGCUCCGUCUGCGAUGAUUCCUGGGAUCUGACUGACGCUGACGUGGUUUGCAAGCAGCUGGGUUGUGGAAAUGCAUUGGACAUGCCACUUGCUGCUUCUUGUGAACCAGGCUCAGGCCCAGUCUGGUUGGAUGAGCUAAUGUGCUCCGGUAACGAAUCAUUUCUCUGGAAAUGUCCUUCAGCAUUAUGGGGCAACAACGACUGUACUCAUAAAGAAGAUGUGAGGAUCAUGUGUUCAGAGCACAAAGAACUGAAGCUGGUGAAUGGAAAUCAUCGCUGUGAGGGGAGAGUGGAAAUGUUUCUUAAUGGAUCCUGGGAAUCUAUUUGCUCGGAAAUACUGCAUCCAAGUGAUGGGAAAGUGAUCUGUAAACACUUACAGUGCGGCAGCCUCGAAUCUAUUCAGUAUCACGCUGGGCAGUUCGGACAGGGAUCCGGACCUAUCCGGCUCAGUGAGAUUGGGUGUAGUUCCCAUGAGACGAGCCUUUGGCAGUGUCAGUCAGACUCACAGGGUGUCCAAGACUGCGGUCACUGGAAUGAUGCAGCUGUUGUUUGUUCAGGAGCCAACGGAAUAAAGGAGCAGCCCCACACUUCACAGCACUGCGGCCCAGAACCAGGUACCUGUUGCUCUUAG